AUGUCGCGCCGUAAUGUAGUAAGUAACGGAUACCAGCCCUCGCUAUCGGUCGCGCAAGAGCCUAAUCACUUUCGUUGCAACCCCGGCAAGGAGGUCGCGGGCUGCGCGCUAUCACGCAGUCAGCUCCGCGCAUUGGCUGCGCGCAGGCGUGCGCGGGACACGCGACACGCGACACGACGCGCGACACGCGACACGACGCCACACGCCACGAGCCCGCGCUCCGACAGUGCCAGCGCCCGCGCCCCGGCCUCGCCGGGAAUGGAGACCUGCUGUGCUCGCCGAGCCGAGGACCUAGUGGGCGACCAGAUAGUCCCGGGCGGCGGCCGCUGGGGCGCUCCGCACGGCGCCGGGCUGUUCGACUCGUGGUUUCAGAUGCAGACAUCUGAGCUAGAGUCGCUGCUCUGCAAGCAGGAGGGCGCCUCGCUCGCGCCGGCGCACAUGGACCUGUUCGAUGGCGGCCCCUCUUCCCGCGACGAUGCGUUCCUGCGGCCGGCGCUGUGGGAGGACAUCGCGUCCUCGAUCAGGAACAUCGACCCGGAGAACGCGAACAUGCUGGCGCCGCUGGGCGCGACGCACGUCAAGCUGGAGGCGGACGACGCGCUGCUGGAGGAGUGCGCCACGCCGCUGCUCAGCCCGCUGGAGAUCAAGACGGAGCGGCUGUGCGCGCCGGCGUACGCGCACCCGGCGCCGCCGCAGCCGCCGCAGCAGCCGCCCGCCUCCUUCGCCAAGUACCCCCCCUCGCGCCUCGGCUACAUGUCCCCGCUGACCCCGCCCGGCUCCGACCAGGGCAGCCCAGGAAACACUAUGCAGGGCGGGCCGCGCCGGACGCCGCCGCCGCCGUACCACCCGCCGCCGCUGCUGCGGGCACCACACGUCACGCAGCACCAGGUUCAACAUCAUCAUCAUCAGCAGCAUCACACGCAGCAGGCAAUACCCCCGCCGCUGCAAAUGCCGCAGCAGCAGCCGGCGCCGGCGCAGCACGUGCACACGCCGUUACCACACUCACGGCUCGCGUCGCCUCACUCCAUGAAGUACAACCGGCGGAACAACCCGGAGUUGGAGAAGCGGAGAGUUCAUCAUUGUGAUUUUAUCGGUUGUACGAAAGUCUACACAAAGAGUUCGCAUCUGAAAGCUCAUCAAAGAAUACAUACAGGCGAGAAACCGUACACCUGCCAGUGGCCGGAGUGCGAAUGGCGGUUCGCGAGGUCCGACGAGCUGACGCGCCAUUACCGCAAGCACACGGGAGCCAAACCCUUCAAGUGUGCGGUCUGCGAGCGGUCUUUCGCGCGGUCCGACCACCUCGCGCUGCAUAUGAAGCGGCACCUGCCCAAGGCGUCCAAAUGACACGCGAGGAGGGGCGGUGAGCAGCCGCCCGAGUCCCACUCCG